GGUUUUGAGCAGAAGCUUUAUAACAAUCGCCAUUUGGGUUCCUCCUUCCUAUUCCCAUUUCUCUUUCCCUUCCAUGCUUUCACACCAAAGCUUCCAGCGUUUCAACUUCUGUUUUGAACUUCUGGUUCGCCUCCCACAAGCUCUUACAAACUUCGCCAACGCGGACGGUCGUACAUUGACUCUCUGGCCAAUUACUUCCCAUUUCAGGUUUGGAAUUUUAUUGGGCUUUCGCAUUCCCAUAUCACGAACGACGCAAAUGACACAGGCGUCUCGCUUUCUGCUUUGACUUUUGAUUCGGUUCAUCAAGCUUUGGCUCCGGCGACUGUUGGACAUUUGAAGUUCCAGCAGUUAAGUGCUGCUACCUUAUCUGAAAUCUCUUGAAGUCAAAGUCAUCAAGCUUUCACAUCUAACUUGAAGGGAUAAAAAGCAACUUUGAUGUGCUUAUAUUAUUGAGUGCAGAGCUUAAUUCUGCCAUGGAGAGCUCUGAUGAGGAGAAGGAUGGAGUUUUGGGGAAUUACAUGCCAAAAGAACUAAGCAUGAGUUUGGCCACUGGUACCAAAUUUGUAGAUGAGGUACUAAGUGGUCCAAGUGACCGUUGUCUGGAAAAUUUUUGCAUGGAUAAGCAGGUGUUCUACAAGUUAUGUGAUAUUUUGCAAGCCAAGGGCCUGUUACGCCAUACAAAUAGAAUCAAGAUUGAAGAGCAAUUAGCCAUAUUCUUGUUCAUCAUUGGCCAUAAUCUCCGCACUCGAGCUGUCCAAGAGUUAUUCCGGUAUUCAGGAGAAACCAUCAGUCGUCAUUUCAACAAUGUUUUAAAUGCUAUUAUGGCAAUUUCAAUAGAUUUCUUUCAGCCCCCAGGAUCUGAGGUUCCACCAGAAAUCUUGGGAGAUCCUAGAUUUUAUCCAUAUUUUAAGGAUUGUGUGGGAGCAGUUGAUGGCAUACACAUUCCUGUAAUGGUGGGUGUGGAUGAACAGGGGCCCUUCCGUAACAAGAAUGGAUUACUUUCACAAAAUGUUCUGGCAGCUUGUUCAUUUGACCUGAAAUUCCAUUAUGUUCUAGCUGGCUGGGAAGGCUCAGCAUCAGAUUUACGAGUUCUAAACUCAGCUCUUACAAGGCGUAACAAGUUGCAGGUCCCUGAAGGUAAGUACUAUCUUGUGGAUAACAAAUAUGCAAAUAUGCCAGGCUACAUAGCCCCAUACGAUGGGAUCCCUUAUCACACAAAUGAAUAUCCCAUUGGUUAUCAUCCUCAAGAUCCUAGAGAACUAUUCAAUCAAAGGCACUCAUUGUUGAGAAAUGCCACUGAUCGUAUCUUUGGUGCUCUGAAAGCACGCUUCCCUAUAUUGUUGUCAGCUCCUCCAUACCCUUUACAAACACAGGUUAAGUUGGUUGUAGCAGCGUGUGCAAUACACAAUUACAUCCGAAGGGAGAAACCAGAUGAUUUCAUAUUUAGAAUGUACGAACAGGAUAACAUGCUAGAAAUUGAAGAGUCAUUGCCCCCAAUAGAGGUUGAACAGUCAAUGAUACAAGUUGAGAAUCAGGCUGUGGAGAUUGCUUUUGAGAUGGAACAACUCGAGUUUAGUUCACAGUUGCGUGACUCUAUUGCAAGUACUAUGUGGGAUGACUUCAUCCGUGAUCUGUCAGCUAUGUAGACAGAUUCGUCAUGGUUUUAGUUUCAGGAUAGUAUUGGGAAUUCUUUUCAAGAUCAUUGGCGUGUAGAAUUUUUGAAUUUGAUCUUGAUCUUGGUGUACAUUGGUACUCUUUGUUAAUAUAGUAAAGAAAUAUAUUGAUAGAUUAUAUAA